AACAUACUCACACUCACACACACUAUCCCCAUUCACCCACAAAAAAGUAACCUCAUUUCACACUUGCUCAUUCUCAUUUUCUGAUUUUCUCACAUAAAAGCUAAACCCUUUUUUCCUCUCCCUUCUGUCACUCUUAUUGGUUUCAGCAAUCAAUCAAUAUCCCCAUUAUUAGGGUUUUUCAUUUGAAAUGUGGAGGGACAGCAAUGGAGCCCUCUGAAUCCGAAUCAGUUAGUUCCUCCACCAAAGACCCGCAAUUGGGUGAACCUUCUUCCCCUGUUCGGCCCCUCGAUCACGAUCCUCAGCCUCCAGAUCUCAAUCACGUUACCCAGGUCGAUGAUGCACUUGCUGGGGAGCUUCAGAACAAGGUGGAUUUGAAGGAUGGGGAUGAGACUGAGAAUAAAGGUUCGAACUUGGAAGGUGGGGAUGAAAAAUUGAGUGAUGAAGCUGCUGCUGCUGCUGCCUCAGAAGAUGGUAAGGGAGAAGGGUGUGUUGAUGGUGGUGGUGUUGUGGUUGAAGAUGAUGGUGGUGGAGGUGGUGGUGUUGUAGUUGAUGAUGAUGAUGGUUGGAAUGGUGGUGAUGAGGGGUGUGAUUGGAUUGAGAAUGUGAACGAGAGUGAUAAGGUGGUUGGAGAUGUUGAUGGAGUGGAGAACAAGGAUGAGAGGAGCAGUGGUAGAGCUCAACAGUACCCCUUGAGGCCAGAGGCUGAAGACUGUUCAUUUUAUCUCAAAACUGGGACUUGCAAAUUUGGAUUCAAUUGCAAGUUCAAUCAUCCUCUAAGGAGGAAAAGCCAGGCUAAAAGAGACAAUGCGGGAGAAAGAGAAGAACAGGCCGAAAGAUCAGGCCAGAUGGAAUGCAAGUAUUAUUUAAGGUCUGGGGGGUGUAAGUUCGGAAAGGCUUGUAAGUUUAAUCACACAAGAGGAAAGUGUUCAGCAUCCCCAAUUGCAGAGCUUAACUUCCUUGGCCUGCCUAUUCGAAUGGGAGAGAAAGAGUGCCCCUAUUACAUGCGCACAGGCUCUUGUAAGUUUGGAGCAAACUGCAAGUUUAAUCAUCCUGAUCCUACAGGAGGAGGUGAUUCUCCUUCCGGUUAUGGUAAUGGAAGUUCUAUUUCAUUACAAGGUGUAUCACAAUCAUCUAUAUCCCCAUGGUCUUCUACUAGAGCAUUAAAUGAAUCUGCUCCUUAUGUUCCAAUGAUACUUUCACCUAAUCCAGGGGUUUCUCCCCAAAAUUCUGAAUGGAAUGGAUAUCAGGCACCCGUCUAUCUAUCUGAAAGGAGCCUGCAUCCAUCUUCAACAUAUGUCAUGAACAAUCCAGCUAUGGAAACAAAUGUUUAUAUGCACAAUCAAAAACAAAUGCAGGUUGAAGAGUAUCCAGAAAGGCCUGGUGAACCUGAAUGCAGCUAUUUCUUAAAAACUGGGGAUUGUAAGUUUAAAUCUAAUUGUAAAUUUAACCAUCCAAAGAAUCGGAUUGCAAGAUUACCUCCAUGCAACCUCAGUGACAAGGGUUUACCGUUGAGACCGGACCAAAAUGUUUGCACAUAUUACAGCCGUUACGGACUUUGCAAAUUUGGACCAGCUUGUAGGUAUGAUCACCCAAUAAACCCACCACCCUCAACUAUGUCGGGACUUGAUCAACAAUCCUCGUACACAAACUCGGCCAGUGUUGAUGUGGCUGAAAAUGGAGGUGCCAGUGAUGGGAAUCAGCUGUCCGUCUAACCAUUUUCUAGCUUGGAGUAUGCAUAUCACUCAUAAUUUGUAAUUUUCUUCUUAAAAAAACAUGAUAAAUUUAUUUAAUUUCACUAGCCAUGCCUAAUGUGGCACAAACUUUGCCGAAUAGCAAUAUAUAUACCUAAUAGAAGUUUUACAGUAACAUGUAGAUUAUCUUUUGCUUGUUUGUUUUCUUUCACUUGGAUCAUUAUUAGAUUAUGGUUGUGCUGGUGUAAAAUGGGUGUGAAUGUGAAUUUUGUUGUUUAUC